GAAUUAUUCCCACUGCACAGAGAAACCGGGACCGUCGCGCACAGCCUGCACUGACAGGGACAGGGAGAGGGACACUGCUUUCAGUGUUAAUGAUGAUCUAGAUCAGGAUCUAAAGUCACCAAAGACAAGCUCUAGCAUCCAUCUAUGUGGAUUUUGAGUGCAGCGUCAUGCCGGUAUCAGUCAGCGUCGCACUGACGCCGGAUUAACGCCGUGAGCGUCUGACGUCAACCGGGCUGGGUUUAUUGUGGUGUAGAAAUACUGGAGGAGCAGCAGACAGUGUUGGAGCACGUUCACUGCAAAGUAAGACAUAACUGUCAAGAUUUAUUUGAUUCAGUACCAAUGUGAACUGUCAGUGAUGUGUUUACCUACUGUAGAAAAGUCUGGAACAGAUCUGAAGUUGACAGUGAUUGGAUCUGUUAUAAACGCUCAAUAACGGCCGUCAGUGGUUAUAAUUAGACAGAAACAAUGCCGUUGUAACGUUUAAUCUCGAUGACAGUAGGUGUUAGAGCGAUGAAAACCUGGUGAAAUACAAUUUAUUGUUAAAUCUGUUAUAGAAUGUAAAAAUAAACCGGUCAGUGGAGGGUUUACUUCCCUCUUCGGGAUGAUCAGUCAGAGGAGUAAUCCACGUGAUGGCCUGGGUUUGGCUCCAGUUGAGCGCCUUUCCUCUGUUCUCCGUCUCCAGCCCUCAUUACGAGAGUAUCAAAUCUGAGCAAAUCUGUGCUAAAUAUGCAUUUUUACACCCUCUGAAACAGAGUGGUCUGUAGAAAGAUACAGCCCACAUUGAGCAGUGUAAAUAGAAUAUAAAAGAGAAAUAAGAGGAUUGCAGUGAUUUAUCCUCUAGUUGUUUCUUGGCUUCGUCAUCUCACUUCAAUUUUCUUAUUUUUUUAUUUGAAAAAGGUCUAUUAAAAUUGAAAUUAAACUUUUAGUAUCUUACAGCAGGUAGACGUUUACUAUUUUCAACGUUUAUUCAUCCAAUACAAUAAUACAAUACAAUUCAACACAAGAACUUUGUAUAUAUCCCUAAAUAACAAUUCAUUUGUCUGGAAUCUCAUGAAAGGGCAUGCAAAGGAAUUAUAAUUGUUUUAACCACUGGUAGGGGAUUUAGAUGGUACUUUAUAAAUGGUCAAUGAUUAUGACCAUAUUAUGACCAAAAGACAAUCCAAAGAGCACCUUUUUACAUUUUAUGAGCUGACUGAACAUCCAGGGGUGUUUACAUUUACUGGAAAAGCAUCCUCAGAGGCCCUUCCUAUACAUAUUAUCUACUAGAAAGGCAUCUCUAGAGGGCUCUAUUUUAGGUUUUAUUCACCAAGAUGGCACUAUUUGGUGUACGUGACAUUUUACAGGGUAUUUUUUGACAUUUUUUUUCUGGGAGAGCAUACAGAGGGAUCUUUUACUACAUUUUAAAUACUACAGGUGCACCUGCAGUUCUCUAUUUUACAAACCUAUUUUCUCAAGAACUACAGGAAGGUCAUCUAGAGGCACUUUUCUAGGUUUUAAAUACUGGCAGGACAUUUAAAGGGCCCCUUUUCACAUUUAAUCCACUGAAAGGGGAUAGAGCUAUCGCUUUAACACAGAGGGUAUGUUUUGACAUUUUAUAAAUUGGAAGAGCAUCUAGAAGGCAUUUUUAAAAUGUUUUUGUUAGCUGCAAGGGAGUCCAGAGGGCUCUUUUACUUCAUAAUGAAAACUGAAAAUGAAUCUAAAGGUCACUAUGUUACAUAUUACCACUUGAAGGGAAUAAUGUUUGUUGUAUUAUACUAUAACCCUGUUACAGAGUGAUCUGGCUCCUUAAAGUGGGGUGGGUGUUCAACAUGACACCUAUGACCAAUCAGUCUUGCUGCUAGUAGCAUGUAGCAGCAACAACAGGUAUGAGCAAUCAAGCUCUGUUGACCUAACAUAGCAGGCAAACAUAGCAGCACAGGGACAGCCAGAUCGCUGUAUAUCCAGAGGGAGCUAUUGAAGGUUUGAGUCACUGGAAGAGAAUCCAGACAGCACUUUGCUGUUUCAUCCUUUUGGAGAGCAGCAACUAAACUAGUUUCAAUGGGCACCAGAGGGGGUAUUUUCAUAAUGUUUGAUAUACUUCAGGGGCAACCAGAAGGCACUGCCACUGUGCUUUUCCAAUAAUAAGGCACCUGGGAGGCGGCAGAGGUGAUGACCUCUAUCCUUGCCAUUACACACUUGGUUACCAACCGCCCCGGCAUCUACAAGAAACCCUUUCAUCCCUCGAACGCAAAAACUGACAAAUACAUAACAUGUCUUUUCCUCUUGUUGUGGUUGUGUUUAGGUUGUGUUUGGAGGCCGGUGAAAUACAGUCAGGAUGUCGUACAUGCAAGCAGACAGCGGCUGGUCCCAGCCAGGGGACUUUAACAGCCUCAUCCAGACCUGCAGCUCCAACAUUCAGAAGAUCAGCCACAACUGUGAGUGCACACUGUGUUAACUCCAUGAUUUUACACCUCUGCAUGUGAUCAACUGUACACUGAAGAUGUUCUUUUUCCUCUGCAGCUGGUCAGAUCAAAAAUCUGCUCUACCAACUGGAGACUCGACAAGAGACCUCAGAGGUGCAGGAGAAGCUGUGAGUCCUGGUCUGAGUAAAUUCUGGUCUUUUAUCAAGGAUAAAGUAUGUGUUUUUAGGUUCCACUGUCUGUCUGUCUGUGCAUGUGUGUGUUUGUGUGUGUGCGUUCCUCUGCAGGCAGCAGCUUCAGCACUACACCAACCAGCUGGCGAAAGAGACAAACAGACACCUGAAGGAGAUUGGCUCCCUGCCUUCGCCAGUGUCUCCAUCAGAACAGGUAGGACUGAUCAUAGAUCUUUUGACAGUGACAGGGAAGGACUCCACCAGAUACUCAGAGAUAGAGGAGUGUCUUUGAGAAAACUAGGUGCUGUCAAAGCAACUGCAAAAAUAACAUAAACGAGCCAAACCCAGAGCAUGCGGUUCUUUUUCAGGUAAGCAACUGUACUGUAAAUGCUGCGACUGAUGGGGAUUCUUUUUAAUUCUUCAGGUCAUUUCACUCUUUAAGUACCAAGACUGGACAUUUUCUGCCCUAAAAGUCUUUUUUGAUCAACACAUACUCCUGCCUCAACAUACUAUCUGCAGUUAUAUUCCUGAGUUUCUGCCGUGAAGUCAUGUAGGCUUGUACAAAAAUGCCAAUGUAUGAAAACUGAAACAAAAGUUAAAAGUUUUUAUAAUCUUUUUAGCAAAUGUCCUCCAUGUCCUGAUGAAGACUGUUGGAGUUGAAACACGUUGAUCUGUGAUCCCUGUUGCAAUAAAAGAUUAUACUACGAUUUUUAGCCAGCCUAAAUAACCUUGAUGGAAAUUUCCUCACAAUGACCGACCCAGAUAAGUCGUCUACUGAAUGAAUGGCGAACUAGGGCCCCGUUGGGGCACUGGCGGGCCCGAGCUGUGUCGCGCCCCCCCCCCCACCAAUGCGUUGCCUCCCCGUCCCAUUCGCGUCCUCUGGCCAUCGUCCUCUCUGGUAACGCCCAUCACUGCGAAGACCCUUUUCCUUCAUCGGCGUUUGCUGUUCUUCCUGCCAGUGCGUGUUGCUUUCACUUACACUUGCCACAGCCAGCCUCGUGAGUGCCUAGCCUAUUGGAUAUCACUGUCACCUACACAGGACAGUCAUUACCUUUCUAUUAAUACUUUGUUUUUUAAUUUCACAUUAAUUUCCAUAUUGUAUAAACGACUGGAAAAAACUUGAGCCCCUGCCCCUGUAUAAUCAUGUGCACGUCCCUGUUCUCGCUCCAAGGUGAAUCUUCACUGCUCAUGUUCUCCUCAGAAGCACUCACCUCACUCCCCUCAGGUAACUGUACACAUGCACCAACUGCCUGCUUCAGGUUUGGAUGGAGCUUCAUGGUUGUCUUUUGGAGAAAUGACCAGUCAAGUUGUGUUUGAAAUUUGAUUUUUUUCAGGGGCAAAAGGAGCCUCUGCAUUGUUGUCAAAUAUGUAAAUAGCAUGUUUUUGCAGGUGCUAAAAAACAGACUCUGAGUGUGUGUGUGUGUGUGUGUGUGUGUGUGUGUGUGUGUGUGUGUGUGUGUGUGUGUGUGUGUGUGUGUGUCUGUGUUUGUGUGUGUCUGUGUGUGUGUAUCCUGCAGUACUCUGUACUCCUGCAGUGGCCAAAACGACUUUUAAGAAUGUGGAUAUUUGGGUCAUCUUUGGCGCCCCCUAGAACGUAAACCAUGGGGUGCAGCGGCAUGAUUUUUACAACUUUGAAUGGGCAUGGGAUGUAGAUCGGCUUGAGCAAAUUUGGUGUCGGUGGGAAGAAAGCCUUAGGAGGAGUUAGCCACAUUCCAAUGUGUGCGAAUCUGCAAAAAAUGCGAAAUAGCCCUUUAACCAUACAUUUUACAGAUACGUGCCCAUUGACUUUUUCGUAGAUCUUAUUGAGAUACACGUGAUUGUCAAAUUUUGGGUCAAUAUGACAAAGCGUAUAGGCGUGACACUCAACAAUGUGUAUUUUCACCUUAGGGGACAAGAAAAAAUGGACUUUUUUCUCCUGCCAUGUGGGGGCGCUCUUUUGGGGAGUAAAAAUUCCUUCACAAAUGUGUUGAUGGCUGGACAUUGCAUCAUCCUAGAGAACUUGGAGGCCAGUGAGGACAAAAAUAAAAAGUUAUAAGACUUUUAAGACUGUGGAUUUUUGGGUUAUCUUUGGCGCCCCCUAGAAAGUAAACUGUGGGGUGCAGCGUCAUGAUUUGUACAACUUUUAAUGGCCAUGGGGUGUAGAUUGGCCUGAGCAAAUGUGGUGCCGGUGGAACGAAUGCCUUCGGAGGAGUUAGCGAAAUUCCAAUGUGUGCAGAUUGGCAAAAAAUGCGAAAUAACCCUCUAACUGUACAUUUCACAGCUGCGCCCGCGCUGACUUUUUCGUAGAACGUAUUGAGAUACACGUGUGUGUCAAUUUUUGUGUCAAUAUGACAAAGCGUACAGGCGUGACAGUCAAUAGUGUGAAUUUUCGCCUUAGGGGGCGCUAUGGAGCCAUUUUGCAUUUUAUUGUUUGGGCGACUUCAGAAUAUCGAAUUUUUCACCAGGCCCGGUCGUCCUGCCAAAUUUCAUGAGUUUUCGCCAGUGGGAAGUGGGCCAUUUUCCAGUUUAAAGCGGAGGAAAAAUAAUAAUAAUAACAAAAGAACUAGGGCCCCGUUGGGGCACUGGCGGGCCCGAGCCGUGUCGCGCCGCCCCCCCCCCCCCCAACCCCAACGCGCUGCCUCCCCGUCCCAUUCGCGUCCUCUGGCCAUCGCCCUCUCUGGUAACGCCCAUCACUGCAAAGACCCUUUUCCUUCAUCGGCGUUUGCUGUUCUUCCUGCCAGUGCGUGUUGCUUUCACUUACACUUGCCACAGCCAGCCUCGUGAGUGCCUAGCCUAUUGGAUAUCACUGUCAUCUACACAGGACAGUCAUUACCUUUCUAAUAAUACUUUGUUUUUUAAUUUCACAUUAAUUUCCAUAUUGUAUAAAUGACUGGAAAAAACUUGAGCCCCUGCCCCUGUAUAAUCAUGUGCACGUCCCUGUUCUAGCUCCAAGGUGAAUCUUCACUGCCCAUGUUCUCCUCAGAAGCAGUCACCUCACUCCCCUCAGGUUACUGUACACAUGCACCAACUGCCUGCUUCAGGUUUGGAUGGAGCUUCAUGGUUGUCUUUUGGAGAAAUGAGCAGUCAAGUUGUGUUUGAAAUUUGAUUUUUUUCAGGGGCAAAAGGAGCCUCUGCAUUCUUGUCAAAUAUGUAAAUAGCAUGUUUUUGCAGGUGCUAAAAAACAGACUCUGAGUGUGUGUGUGUGUGUGUGUGUGUGUGUGUGUGUGUGUGUGUGUGUGUGUGUGUGUGUGUGUGUGUGUGUGUAUAUAUCUUGCAGUACUCUGAGAAGAAUAAUAAGCAUAUUUCUGCGGUGAAUUUUGAAGAUUCAUCUGAGAGUUAGGAGGGCUGAUCAUUCCCUUACCCUUUAGAUGUCUGUCUAUGUCUGUUUUUGUGUGAUAAUGAAAGAAUCCCAACUCAAAAAGGCUCUGUUGAUGUUUUUUUUGUUGUUCAUUCAUAUUCAAACCACUAUUUUAUAUCACUGCUAAUACGCCAAGACCAUUUUAUGGUAUUUAGCUUUAUUAUUUCUAUACAUUUUGCAAGGAAAGAAACCAAGGCCUUCACUAAAAUUUCCAUAAACUUUAGGAAAGGACCUCUGGUUGUUUAAGGGGGUCAUUACUGCAAAAAAAUAUUCUUCCUAAAUUUUGAAGGUCAAACCUUAGAUCCAUUAGGUUUAAAUAGAAAAAGCAUUAAAAUAUGUUAGGAUUAUAGCAUAUGACAAAUGUGUGCCUCUCAGUGGCAUAACUACUUUGUCUGCUGGCUCUGCAGUCGAUUGACGCUCCCCAGCGUUCAAGUCACAUGACAUAUUUAACCGGAUGUAGCUGCAAGACGGAGCCUCGUUCAUCCUCCGUUUCAACUUAUCUCAAAAGUGAGGACCUCAAACUAUAUACCAGUUUUUAAAUUGUGUUGAUAGGCCAAAUAAAACCAGAGUUAUGAUAAAUUAUGUCCGCAAUACUUUUUUUCUGCUUAUUUUGAUCACGUUCGGCGCUCGAUCACGCUGUAUGAGACAGGAAAACAUAGCAUGCAGACAUUAGCGACAGCUCUUACAGGCGGAAAAGGCAUGCCAAAAGAAAAAAAAAACACACCACAACAUCUCUCCUAUUGGUGGAAAACUUCACCACAACAACCAAUCCAAAAUUAUAUGGUGACUGAUUGACAAGGGGCGGGCGCUUACGUUCUUCCUGCAAUAUGAGAAGGGAGGGAGGAACUCUCAGCAGGGAUGCAGUCUGGGAAACGUAGUUGCAAACCUAGCGACUUUGUUGUUAGAUUCAAUGACUUUUCAGACCCCCUAACGACUUUUUUUUAGAAAGAAAGGGAAUUUUAUCGACUUCCUCUGGAGUUUAGAGACUCUGACAUGAAGCAGGCUUUCCUUACUGAGGAGUUAGCAACGCUGCUAAGGGUGCAGAGCCACACAUGCGCUCCGAGCUCUGCAUGGGAGACUAGAGCUGAGAGAGCUGCAGCAGUUAGCAGGUUUCACCCUCAGAGACCACCAGGAGUUCAUGUUGAGGCAUUUUCAGUUUUUUUUUUUUUUUUGCCAUAGACACUGUCAGCACAAUCUGCAGUUACACUAACAAAAAUGCUGCAAAAAACAAAGAAUUAUGGAAAAAUUACACAUGGACUGACAUAGAGGAGGAUCUACACAAGUUUUUUACAUCAUGUUUUACAUCAUGCAUCAUUUACAUCAUGUUUUUUUGUAGUGGCAUAAAUAAAAAGUGACAUUUGUGAGACUAUACAGUGUUUUGUAAAUAAUUUUACAAAGAACGCCUGGGCCAUUGCCUGCAUUUUGAUGUAAAUAGAGGUAAAUUACUAUGUUCUUUCUUAAAAAUUUGCAUAUGUUUUGAAGUUUACAAUUUUUAUUUGAAGUUUAAGUUUUAAAAACAGUUCAUCACACAUAUUUGUGGUUUAAUUUCACAUUAAUUUCCAUAUUGUAUAAAUGACUGGAAAAAACUUGAGCCCCUGCCCCUGUAUAAUCAUGUGCACGUCCCUGUUCUAGCUCCAAGGUGAAUCUUCACUGCUCAUGUUCUCCUCAGAAAUAGUCACCUCACUCCCCUCAGGUUACUGUACACAUGCACCAACUAUCUGCUUCAGGUUUGGAUGGAGCUUCAUGGUUGUCUUUUGGAGAAAUGAACAGUCAAGUUGUGUUUGAAAUCUGAUUUUUUUCAGGGGCAAAAGGAAGCCUCUGCAUUCUUGUCAAAUAUGUAAACAGCAUGUUUUUGCAGGUGCUAAAAAACAGACUCUGAGUGUGUGUGUGUGUGUGUGUGUGUGUGUGUGUGUGUGUGUAUAAGUGUGUGUAUCCUGCAGUACUCUGUACUCCUGCAGUGGCCAAAAAGACUUUUAAGAAUGUGGAUUUUUGGGUCAUCUUUGGCGCCCCCUAGAACUGCAGUACUCUGUACUCCUGCAGUGGCCAAAAUGACUUUUAAGAAUGUGGAUUUUUGGGUCAUCUUUGGCGCCCCCUAGAACGUAAACCGUGGGGUGCAGCGUCAUGAUUUUUACAACUUUGAAUGGGCAUGGGGUGUAGAUUGCCCUGAGCAAAUUUGGUAUCGGUGGGACGAAAGCCUUAGGAGGAGAUAGCCACAUUCCAAUGUGUGCGAAUCGGCAAAAAAUGCGAAAUAGCCCUUUAACCGUACAUUAUACAGAUACGCGCUUUUUGACUUUUUCGUAGAUCUAAUUGAGAUACACAUGAUUGUCAAUUUUUGUGUCAAUAUGACAAAGCGUUCAGGCAUGACACUCAACAAUGUGUAUUUUCAUGUAAGGGGACAAGAAAAAAAGGAGUUUUUUCUCCUGCCAUGGGGGGCGCUCUUUUGGGGAGUAAAAAUUCCUUCACAAAUGUGUUGAUGGCUGGACAUUGCAUCAUCCUAGAAAACUUGGAGGGCAGUGAGGACAAAAAUAAAAAGUUAUAAGACUCUUAAGAAUGUGGAUUUUGGGUUAUCUUUGGCGCCCCCUAGAACGUAAACCGUGGGGUGCAGCGUCAUGAUUUGUACAACUUUUAAUGGCCAUGGGGGGUAGAUUGGCCUGCGCAAAUGUGGUGCCGGUCGAACGAAAGCCUUCGGAGGAGUUAGCGAAAUUCCAAUGUGUGCAGAUCUGCAAAAAAUGCAAAAUAACCCAUUAACCGUACAUUUGACAGAUACGCCCGCACUGACUUUUUUGUAGAUCUUAUUGAGAUACAUGUGUGUGUCAAUUUUUGUGUCAAUAUGACAAAGCGUACAGCCGUCAUGUGAAUUUUCACCUUAGGGGGCGCUAUGGAGCCAUUUUGCAUUUUAUUGUUUGGGCGACUUCAGAAUAUCGAAUUUUUCACCAGGCCCGGUCGUCCUGCCAAAUUUCCUGAGUUUUCGCCAGUGGGAAGUGGGCCAUUUUCCAGUUUAAAGCGGAGGAAAAAUAAUAACGAAAGAAGGAAACAUGCAGGAACAAGAGGGCUCUCGCAGCUGCUUAGCAGCUACGCUCGGGCCCUAAGAAUCCAUCAGGAACAAGAGGGCUCUCGCAGCUGCUUAGCAGCUACGCUCGGGCCCUAAUAAAGGACAAUUUAGCAGUUUGUGUGGGUUGUACUGGAGACACUUCCAAGUGCUGUGAUCAUUGAUGUACAAGUGGACCAAACAAAUGGACCAAAAAUGAAAUGACUAUGUGCAGGUAGGGCUCAUGGGAGUUGUAUUGUUGUUGUGUCCAAUUGCAAGUAGUUUAUUACUUCAGCUGACUGUAACAAGACAUCAGUUGAUAAAGAAUAUAUCAUAAACUCAACCCACCAAAGCAGCUAGUGUGAGAGUCUCGGUUAACCACCCGCAUUUGGCAGUAUUGGUUGCAGAGUUGAAAACUUGGAAGUGACAAUUUAGGUUUCAGAAAUUAGGGCCCGAGCGUAGCUGCUAAGCAGCUGCGAGAGCCCUCUUGUUCCUGAUGGAUUCUUCUUUUGUUAUUAGGGCCCGAGCGUAGCUGCUAAGCAGCUGCGAGAGCCCUAUUAUUCCCCAAGGGGUUUUUCUUUGUUUCUUUAGGGCCCGAGCGUAGCUGCUAAGCAGCUGCGAGAGCCCUCUUGUUCCUGCAUGUUUCCUUCUUUUGUUAUUAGGGCCCGAGCGUAGCUGCUAAGCAGCUGCGAGAGCCCUAUUAUUCUCCAAGUGGUUUUUCUUUGUUUCUUUCUUUCUGUAGGGCCCGAGCGUAGCUGCUAAGCAGCUGCGAGAGCCCUAUUAUUCUCCAAGUGGUUUUUCUUUGUUUCUUUCUUUCUUUAGGGCCCGAGCGUAGCUGCUAAGCAGCUGCGAGAGCCCUAUUAUUCCUGAUGGAUUCUUCUUUCUUCUUCUUCUUCUUAUUAUUUUUCUGCCCCUUUGAACUGGAAAAUGGCCCACUUCCCACUGGUGAAAACUCAUGAAAUUUGGCAGGACGACCGGGCCUGGUGAAAAAUUCGAUAUUCUGAAGUCACCCAAACAAUCAAAUGCAAAAUGGCUCCAUAGCGCCCCCUAAGGUGAAAAAUUCACAUGAUUGAGUGUCACGCCUGUACGCUUUGUCAAAAUGACACAAAAUUUGACACACACGUGUAUCUCAAUAAGAUCUACAAAAAAGUCAGUGCGGGCGUAUCUGUCAAAUGUACGUUUAAAGGGCUAUUUCGCAUUUUUUGCCGAUCUGCACACAUUGGAAUUUCGCUAACUCCUCCGAAGGCUUUCGUUCCACCGGCACCAAAUUUGCUCAGGCCAAUCUACACCCCAUGGCCAUUCAAAGUUGUACAAAUCAUGACGCUGCACCCCACGGUUUAGGUUCUAGGGGGCGCCAAAGAUAACCCUAAAAUCCACAUUCUUACAAGUCUUAUAACUUUUUAUUUCUGUCCUCACUGGCCUCCAAGUUUUCUAGGAUGAUGCAAUGUCCAGCCAUCAACACAUUUGUGAAGGAAUUUUUACUCCCCAAAAGAGCGCCCCCCCAUGGCAGGAGAAAAAAGUCCAUUUUUUCUUGUCCUAUAAGGUGAAAAUACACAUUGUUGAGUGUCACGCCUGUACGCUUUGUCAUAUUGAAACAAAAUUUGAUAAUCACGUGUAUCUCAAUAAGAUCUACGAAAAAGUCAAUGCGCACGUGUCUGAAAAAUGUACGGUUAAAGGGCUAUUUCGCAUUUUUGGUUGAUUCGCACACAUUGGAAUGUGGCUAACUCCUCCUAAAGCUUUCGUUCCACCGGCACCAUAUUUGCUCAGGCCAAUCUACACCCCAUGGCCAUUAAAAGUUGUACAAAUCAUGAUGCUGCACCCCACGGUUUACGUUCUAGGGGUCGCCAAAGAUAACCCAAAAAUCCACAUUCUUACAAGUCUUAUAACUUUUUAUUUCUGUCCUCACUGGCCUCCAAGUUUUCUAGGAUGAUGCAAUGUCCAGCCAUCAACACAUUUGUGAAGGAGUUUUUUCCCGUUAAAAGAGCGCCCCCCAAUGGCAGGAGAAUAAAGUCAAGUUUUUCCUGUUCAUCAUUCAAUGGCUCAAACGCAUCGCUCUCUCGGCAAAAGCGAAAGGAGGAGCAACUUGCCAUUUGGAUAUAUCUUAGCUGUGUUUGUGCCCUCACUCAUGGUCCAGACUUUUUUCAAAUAGGACAUGGAGUUUUUCUGCAGCGAGCGUUUUGGUAGAAACUGCGCCUCCCAUUCAUUAUAAUGGUAAAUGACCACAGACAAGUGCGCACACCAUCUUUGGACCUUGAGUGUGACGCGAUUGGGUGGGGGAGGCGGUCGCGCUGGGGGCGGCGCGACACGGCUCGGGCCCGCCAGUGCCCCAACGGGGCCCUAGUUCUUUCUUUCUUUCUUCUUUUUCCUCCCCUUUGAACUGGAAAAUGGCCCACUUCCCACUGGCGAAAACUCAUGAAAUUUGGCAGGACGACCGGGCCUGGUGAAAAAUUCGAUAUUCUGAAGUCGCCCAAACAAUAAAAUGCAAAAUGGCUCCAUAGCGCCCCCUAAGGUGGAAAUUCACACUAUUGACUGUCACGCCUGUACGCUUUGUCAUAUUGACACAAAAAUUGACACACAUAUGUAUCUCAAUAAGAUCUACAAGAAAGUCAGUGCGGCCGUAUCUGUCAAAAUUACGGUUAAAGGGUUAUUUCGCAUUUUUUGCCGAUCCGCACACAUUGGAAUUUCGCUAACUCCUCCGAAGGCUUUCGUUCCACCGGCACCACAUUUGCUCAGGCCAAUCUACACCCCGUGGCCAUUAAAAGUUAUCAAAAUCAUGACGCUGCACCCCAAGGUUUAGGUUCUAGGGGGCGCCAAAGAUAACACUAAAAUCCACAUAUUUAAAAGUCUUAUAACUUUUUAUUUUUGUCCUCACUGGCCUCCAAGUUUUCUAGGAUGAUGCAAUGUCCAGCCAUCAACACAUUUGUGAAGGAAUUUUUACUCCCCAAAAGAGCGCCCCCCCAUGGCAGGAGAAAAAAGUCCAUUUUUUCUUGUCCCUUAAGGUGAAAAUACACAUUGUUGAGUGUCACGCCUAUACGCUUUGUCAAAAUGACACAAAAAUUGACACACACAUGUAACUCAAUAAGAUCUACGAAAAAGUCAAUGCGCGCGUAUCUGUCAAAUGUACGGUUAAAGGGUUAUUCCGCAUUUUUUGCCGAUCCGCACACAUUGGAAUGUGGCUAACUCCUCCUAAGGCUUUCGUUCCACUGGCACCACAUUUGCUCAGGCCAAUCUACACCCCAUGGCCAUUAAAAGUUAUCAAAAUCAUGACGCUGCACCCCACGGUUUAGGUUCUAGGGGGCGCCAAAGAUAACCCUAAAAUCCACAUAUUUAAAAGUCUUAUAACUUUUUAUUUUUGUCCUCACUGGCCUCCAAGUUUUCUAGGAUGAUGCAAUGUCCAGCCAUCAACACAUUUGUGAAGGAAUUUUUACUCCCCAAAAGAGCGCCCCCCCAUGGCAGGAGAAAAAGUCCAUUUUUUCUUGUCCCCUAAGGUGAAAAUUCACAUUGUUGAGUGUCACGCCUAUACGCUUUGUCAAAAUGACACAAAAAUUGACACACACAUGUAACUCAAUAAGAUCUACGAAAAAGUCAAUGCGCGCGUAUCUGUCAAAUGUACGGUUAAAGGGUUAUUCCGCAUUUUUUGCCGAUCCGCACACAUUGGAAUGUGGCUAACUCCUCCUAAGGCUUUCGUUCCACCGGCACCACAUUUGCUCAGGCCAAUCUACACCCCAUGGCCAUUAAAAGUUAUCAAAAUCAUGACGCUGCACCCCACGGUUUAGGUUCUAGGGGGCGCCAAAGAUAACCCUAAAAUCCACAUAUUUAAAAGUCUUAUAACUUUUUAUUUUUGUCCUCACUGGCCUCCAAGUUUUCUAGGAUGAUGCAAUGUCCAGCCAUCAACACAUUUGUGAAGGAAUUUUUACUCCCCAAAAGAGCGCCCCCCAUGGCAGGAGAAAAAAGUCCAUUUUUUCUUGUCCCUUAAGGUGAAAAUACAUAUUGUUGAGAUUCACGCCUAUACGCUUUGUCAUAUUGACACAAAAUUUGACAAUCACGUGCCUUGCCUGGUAUCAUUUUUUUCAGCACAACCUCACCUGUGCGAAUUUACAGUUAUUUUAUCAUGUUGACAUACUGAAUUUACACAAUGGACCCAAAUUCACACACAAAACAUAAAAUCCGAGUGGAAAAAAGUAACAUUUUUACUGUGAAAACCACAAAUAUGUGUGAUGAACUGUUUUUAAAACUUAAACUUCAAAUAAAAAUUGUAAACUUCAAAACAUAUGCAAAUUUUUAACAAAGAACAUAGUGAUUUACCUCUAUUUACAUCAAAAUGCAGGCAAUGGCCCAGGCGUUCUUUGUAAAAUUAUUUACAAAACACUGUAUAGUCUCACAAAUGUCACUUUUUAUUUAUGCCACUACAAAAAAACAUGAUGUAAAUGAUGCAUGAUGUAAAACAUGAUGUAAAAAACUUGUGUAGAUCCUCCUCUAUGUCAGUCCAUGUGUAAUUUUUCCAUAAUUCUUUGUUUUUUGCAGCAUUUUUGUUAGUGUAACUGCAGAUUGUGCUGACAGUGUCUAUGGCACACACAAAAAAAAAAAUUAAAAUGCCUCAACAUGAACCCCUGGUGGUCUCUGAGGGUGAAACCUGCUAACUGCUGCAGCUCUGUCAGCUUCAGUCUCCCAUGCAGAGCUCGGAGCGCAUGUGUGGCUCUGCACCCUUAGCAGCGUUGCUAACUCCUCAGUAAGGAAAGCCUGCUUCAUGUCAGAGUCUCUAAACUCCAGAAGAAGUCGAUAAAAGUCCCUUUGUUUCAAAAAAAAGUCGUUAGGGGGUCUGAAAAGUCAUUGAAUCUAACAACAAAGUCGCUAGGUUUGCAACUACGUGUCCCAGACUGCAUCCUUGCUGAGAGUCCCUCCCUCCCUUCUCAUGUUGCAGGAAGAACGUAAGCGCCUGCCCCUUGUCAAUCAGUCACCAUAUAAUUUUGGAUUGGUUGUUGUGGUGAAGUUUUCCACCAAUAGGAGAGAUGUUGUGGUGUGUUUUUUUUUUCUUUUGGCAAGCCUUUUCCGCCUGUAAGAGCUGUCGCUAAUGUCUGCAUGCUAUGUUUUCCUGUCUCAUACAGCGCGAUCGAGCGCCGAACGUGAUCAAAAUAAGCAGAAAAAAGUAUCGCGGACAUAAUUUAUCAUAACUCUGGUUUUAUUUGGCCUAUCAACACAAUUUAAAAACUGGUAUAUAGGUUGAGGUCCUCACUUUUGAGAUAAGUUGAAACGGAGAGUCAACGAGGCUCCGUCUUGCAGCUACAUCCGGUUAAAUAUGUCAUGUGACUUGAACGCACACACAGACACACACACACAUCAAAAUGCAGGCAAUGGCCCAGGCGUUCUUUGUAAAAUUAUUUACAAAACACUGUAUAGUCUCACAAAUGUCACUUUUUAUUUAUGUAAAAAACUUGUGUAGAUCCUCCUCUAUGUCAGUCCAUGUGUAAUUUUUCCAUAAUUCUUUGUUUUUUGCAGCAUUUUUGUUAGUGUAACUGCAGAUUGUGCUGACAGUGUCUAUGGCACAAAAAAAAAAAAAUUAAAAUGCCUCAACAUGAACCCCUGGUGGUCUCUGAGGGUGAAACCUGCUAACUGCUGCAGCUCUGUCAGCUUCAGUCUCCCAUGCAGAGCUCUGAGCGCAUGUGUGGCUCUGCACCCUUAGCAGCGAUGCUAACUCCUCAGUAAGGAAAGCCUGCUUCAUGUCAGAGUCUCUAAACUCCAGAAGAAGUCGAUAAAAGUCCCUUUCUUUCUAAAAAAAAAGUCGUUAGGGGGUCUGAAAAGUCAUUGAAUCUAACAACAAAGUCACAGAGACAUGCACAUGAUUAUACAGGGGCAGGGGCUCAAGUUUUUUCCAGUCGUUUAUACAAUAUGGAAAUUAAUGUGAAAUUAAAACACAAAGUAUUAAUAGAAAGGUAAUGACUGUCCUGUGUAGGUGACAGUGAUAUUCAAUAGGCUAGGCACUCACGAGGCUGGCUGUGGCAAGUGUAAGUGAAAGCAACACGCACUGGCAGGAAGAACAGCAAACGCCGAUGAAGGAAAAGGGUCUUUGCAGUGAUGGGCGUUACCAGAGAGGGCGAUGGCCAGAGGACACAAAUGGGACGGGAAGGCAGCACGUGUGGGGGGGGGGGGGCGGGGGGGGGGGGCCCCGAGCCAGCUGCAGAGCAGCCGGGCGUAGGCCCUAUUAUUCCCCAAGUGGUUUUUCUUUGUUUCUUUCUUUCUUUCUUUCUUUCUUUCUUCUUUUUCCUCCCCUUUGAACUGGAAAAUGGCCCACUUCCCACAGGCGAAAACUCAGGAAAUUUGGCAGGACGACCGGGCCUGGUGAAAAAUUCGAUAUUCUGAAGUCGCCCAAACAAUAAAAUGCAAAAUGGCUCCAUAGCGCCCCCUAAGGUGGAAAUUCACACUAUUGACUGUCACGCCUGUACGCUUUGUCAUAUUGACACAAAAAUUGACACACAUAUGUAUCUCAAUAAGAUCUAAAAAAAAGUCAGUGCGGCCGUAUCUGUCAAAAUUACGGUUAAAGGGUUAUUUCGCAUUUUUUGCCGAUCCGCACACAUUGGAAUUUCGCUAACUCCUCCGAAGGCUUUCGUUCCACCGGCACCACAUUUGCUCAGGCCAAUCUACACCCCGUGGCCAUUAAAAGUUAUCAAAAUCAUGACGCUGCACCCCAAGGUUUAGGUUCUAGGGGGCGCCAAAGAUAACACUAAAAUCCACAUAUUUAAAAGUCUUAUAACUUUUUAUUUUUGUCCUCACUGGCCUCCAAGUUUUCUAGGAUGAUGCAAUGUCCAGCCAUCAACACAUUUGUGAAGGAAUUUUUACUCCCCAAAAGAGCGCCCCCCAUGGCAGGAGAAAAAAGUCCAUUUUUUCUUGUCCCCUAAGGUGAAAAUACACAUUGUUGAGUGUCACGCCUAUACGCUUUGUCAAAAUGACACAAAAAUUGACACACACAUGUAACUCAUUAAGAUCUACAAAAAAGUCCAUGCGCGCGUAUCUGUCAAAUGUACAGUUAAAGGGUUAUUCCGCAUUUUUUGCCGAUACGCACACAUUGGAAUUUCGCUAACUCCUCCGAAGGCUUUCGUUCCACCGGCACCACAUUUGCUCAGGCCAAUCUACACCCCAUGGCCAUUAAAAGUUAUUCAAAUCAUGAUGCUGCACCCCAUGGUUUAGGUUCUAGGGGGCGCCAAAAAUAACCCAAAAAUCCACAUUCUUAAAUGUUUUAUAACUUUUUAUUUUUGUCCUCACUGGCCUCCAAGUUUUCUAGGAUGAUGCAAUGUCCAGCCAUCAACACAUUUGUGAAGGAAUUUUUACUCCCCAAAAGAGCGCCCCCCCAUGGUAGGAGAAAAAAGUCAAUUUUUUCUUGUCCCCUUACAUAAAAAUACACAUUGUUGAGUGUCACGCCUGAAAGCUUUGUCAUAUUGACACAAAAAUUGACAAUCAUGUGUAUCUCAAUUAGAUCUACGAAAAAGUCAAGAGCGCGUAUCUGUAUAAUGUACUUUAACCGUAAGGGCUAUCUUGCAUUUUUUGCCGAUUCGCACACAUUGGAAUGUGGCUAUCUCCUCCUAAGGCUUUCGUCCCACCGAUACCAAAUUUGCUCAGGGCAAUCUACACCCCAUGCCCAUUCAAAGUUGUAAAAAUCAUGACGCUGCACCCCACGGUUUACGUUCUAGGGGGCGUCAAAGAUGACCCAAAAAUCCACAUUCUUAAAAGUCAUUUUGGCCACUGCAGGAGUACAGAGUACUGCAGUUCUAGGGGGCGCCAAAGAUGACCCAAAAAUCCACAUUCUUAAAAGUCUUUUUGGCCACUGCAGGAGUACAGAGUACUGCAGGAUACACACACAUAUACACACACGAACAACAUACACACACACACACACACACACACACACACACACACACAGACACACACACACACUCAGAGUCUGUUUUUUAGCACCUGCAAAAACAUGCUGUUUACAUAUUUGACAAGAAUGCAGAGGCUUCCUUUUGCCCCUGAAAAAAAUCAAAUUUCAAACACAACUUGACUGUUCAUUUCUCCAAAAGACAACCAUGAAGCUCCAUUUCAAACCUGAAGCAGAUAGUUGGUGCAUGUGUACAGUAACCUGAGGGGAGUGAGGUGACUAUUUCUGAGGAGAACAUGAGCAGUGAAGAUUCACCUUGGAGCUAGAACAGGGACGUGCACAUGAUUAUACAGGGGCAGGGGCUCAAGUUUUUUCCAGUCAUUUAUACAAUAUGGAAAUUAAUGUGAAAUUAAACCACAAAUAUGUGUGAUGAACUGUUUUUAAAACUUAAACUUCAAAUAAAAAUUGUAAACUUCAAAACAUAUGCAAAUUUUUAACAAAGAACAUAGUAAUUUACCUCUAUUUACAUCAAAAUGCAGGCAAUGGCCCAGGCGUUCUUUGUAAAAUUAUUUACAAAACACUGUAUAGUCUCACAAAUGUCACUUUUUAUUUAUGCCACUACAAAAAAACAUGAUGUAAAUGAUGCAUGAUGUAAAACAUGAUGUAAAAAACUUGUGUAGAUCCUCCUCUAUGUCAGUCCAUGUGUAAUUUUUCCAUAAUUCUUUGUUUUUUGCAGCAUUUUUGUUAGUGUAACUGCAGAUUUUGCUGACAGUGUCUAUGGCACAAAAAAAAAAAAAAUUAAAAUGCCUCAACAUGAACCCCUGGUGGUCUCUGAGGGUGAAACCUGCUAACUGCUGCAGCUCUGUCAGCUUCAGUCUCCCAUGCAGAGCUCUGAGCGCAUGUGUGGCUCUGCACCCUUAGCAGCGUUGCUAACUCCUCAGUAAGGAAAGCCUGCUUCAUGUCAGAGUCUCUAAACUCCAGAAGAAGUCGAUAAAAGUCCCUUUCUUUCUAAAAAAAAGUCGUUAGGGUGUCUGAAAAGUCAUUGAAUCUAACAACAAAGUCGCUAGGUUUGCAACUACGUGUCCCAGACUGCAUCCCUGCUGAGAGUCCCUCCCUCCCUUCUCAUGUUGCAGGAAGAACGUAAGCGCCCGCCCCUUGUCAAUCAGUCACCAUAUAAUUUUGGAUUGGUUGUUGUGGUGAAGUUUUCCACCAAUAGGAGAGAUGUUGUGGUGUGUUUUUUUUUUCUUUUGGCAAGCCUUUUCCGCCUGUAAGACCUGUCGCUAAUGUCUGCAUGCUAUGUUUUCCUGUCUCAUACAGCGCGAUCGAGCGCCGAACGUGAUCAAAAUAAGCAGAAAAAAAGUAUCGCGGACAUAAUUUAUCAUAACUCUGGUUUUAUUUGGCCUAUCAACACAAUUUAAAAACUGGUAUAUAGGUUGAGGUCCUCACUUUUGAGAUAAGUUGAAACGGAGAGUCAACGAGGCUCCGUCUUGCAGCUACAUCAGGUUAAAUAUGUCAUGUGACUUGAACGCACACAUAGACACACACACACACACGCACACACACACACACACACACACACACACACACACACACACACACACACUCAGAGUCUGGUUUUUAGCACCUGCAAAAACAUGCUAUUUACAUAUUUGACAAGAAUGCAGAGGCUCCUUUUGCCCCUGAAAAAAAUCAAAUUUCAAACACAACUUGACUGGUCAUUUCUCCAAAAGACAACCAUGAAGCUCCAUCCAAACCUGAAGCAGGCAGUUGGUGCAUGUGUACAGUAACCUGAGGGGAGUGAGGUGAGUGCUUCUGAGGAGAACAUGAGCAGUGAAGAUUCACCUUGGAGCUAGAACAGAGACAUGCACAUGAUUAUACAGGGGCAGGGGCUCAAGUUUUUUCCAGUCGUUUAUACAAUAUGGAAAUUAAUGUGAAAUUAAAACACAAAGUAUUAAUAGAAAGGUAAUGACUGUCCUGUGUAGGUGACAGUGAUAUCCAAUAGGCUAGGCACUCACGAGGCUGGCUGUGGCAAGUGUAAGUGAAAGCAACACGCACUGGCAGGAAGAACAGCAAACGCCGAUGAAGGAAAAGGGUCUUUGCAGUGAUGGGCGUUACCAGAGAGGGCGAUGGCCAGAGGACACAAAUGGGACGGGGAGGCAGCACGUUGGGGGGGGGGGGGCGCGACACGGCUCGGGCCCGCCAGUGCCCCAACGGGGUCCUAGUUCUUCUUUUUCCUCCCCUUUGAACUGGAAAAUGGCCCACUUCCCACUGGCGAAAACUCAUGAAAUUUGGCAGGACGACCGGGCCUGGUGAAAAAUUCGAUAUUCUGAAGUCGCCCAAACAAUAAAAUGCAAAAUGGCUCCAUAGCGCCCCCUAAGGUGGAAAUUCACACUAUUGACUGUCACGCCUGUACGCUUUGUCAUAUUGACACAAAAAUUGACACACAUAUGUAUCUCAAUAACAUCUACAAAAAAGUCAGUGCGGGCGUAUCUGUCAAAAUUACGGUUAAAGGGUUAUUUCGCAUUUUUUGCCGAUCCGCACACAUUGGAAUUUCGCUAACUCCUCCGAAGGCUUUCGUUCCACCGGCACCACAUUUGCUCAGGCCAAUCUACACCCCGUGGCCAUUAAAAGUUAUCAAAAUCAUGACGCUGCACCCCAAGGUUUAGGUUCUAGGGGGCGCCAAAGAUAACACUAAAAUCCACAUAUUUAAAAGUCUUAUAACUUUUUAUUUUUGUCCUCACUGGCCUCCAAGUUUUCUAGGAUGAUGCAAUGUCCAGCCAUCAACACAUUUGUGAAGGAAUUUUUACUCCCCAAAAGAGCGCCCCCCAUGGCAGGAGAAAAAAGUCCAUUUUUUCUUGUCCCCUAAGGUGAAAAUACACAUUGUUGAGUGUCACGCCUAUACGCUUUGUCAAAAUGACACAAAAAUUGACACACACAUGUAACUCAAUAAGAUCUACAAAAAAGUCCAUGCGCGCGUAUCUGUCAAAUGUACAGUUAAAGGGUUAUUCCGCAUUUUUUGCCGAUACGCACACAUUGGAAUUUCGCUAACUCCUCCGAAGGCUUUCGUUCCACCGGCACCACAUUUGCUCAGGCCAAUCUACACCCCAUGGCCAUUAAAAGUUAUUCAAAUCAUGAUGCUGCACCCCAUGGUUUAGGUUCUAGGGGGCGCCAAAAAUAACCCAAAAAUCCACAUUCUUAAAUGUUUUAUAACUUUUUAUUUUUGUCCUCACUGGCCUCCAAGUUUUCUAGGAUGAUGCAAUGUCCAGCCAUCAACACAUUUGUGAAGGAAUUUUUACUCCCCAAAAGAGCGCCCCCCCAUGGUAGGAGAAAAAAGUCAAUUUUUUCUUGUCCCCUUACAUAAAAAUACACAUUGUUGAGUGUCACGCCUGAACGCUUUGUCAUAUUGACACAAAAAUUGACAAUCAUGUGUAUCUCAAUUAGAUCUACGAAAAAGUCAAAGAGCGCGUAUCUGUAUAAUGUACGGUUAAAGGGCUAUUUUGCAUUUUUUGGUGAUUCGCACACAUUGGAAUGUGGCUAUCUCCUCCUAAGGCUUUCGUCCCACCGAUACCAAAUUUGCUCAGGGCAAUCUACACCCCAUGCCCAUUCAAAGUUGUAAAAAUCAUGACGCUGCACCCCACGGUUUACGUUCUAGGGGGCGCCAAAAAUGACCCAAAAAUCCACAUUCUUAAAAGUCAUUUUGGCCACUGCAGGAGUACAGAGUACUGCAGUUCUAGGGGGCGCCAAAGAUGACCCAAAAAUCCACAUUCUUAAAAGUCUUUUUGGCCACUGCAGGAGUACAGAGUACUGCAGGAUACACACACAUAUACACACACGCCAACAUACACACACACACACACACACACACACACACACACAGACACACACACACACUGAGAGUCUGUUUUUUAGCACCUGCAAAAACAUGCUGUUUACAUAUUUGACAAGAAUGCAGAGGCUUCCUUUUGCCCCUGAAAAAAAUCAAAUUUCAAACACAACUUGACUGUUCAUUUCUCCAAAAGACAACCAUGAAGCUCCAUUUCAAACCUGAAGCAGAUAGUUGGUGCAUGUGUACAGUAACCUGAGGGGAGUGAGGUGACUAUUUCUGAGGAGAACAUGAGCAGUGAAGAUUCACCUUGGAGCUAGAACAGGGACGUGCACAUGAUUUUACAGGGGCAGGGGCUCAAGUUUUUUCCAGUCAUUUAUACAAUAUGGAAAUUAAUGUGAAAUUAAACCACAAAUAUGUGUGAUGAACUGUUUUUAAAACUUAAACUUCAAAUAAAAAUUGUAAACUUCAAAACAUAUGCAAAUUUUUAACAAAGAACAUAGUAAUUUACCUCUAUUUACAUCAAAAUGCAGGCAAUGGCCCAGGCGUUCUUUGUAAAAUUAUUUACAAAACACUGUAUAGUCUCACAAAUGUCACUUUUUAUUUAUGCCACUACAAAAAAACAUGAUGUAAAUGAUGCAUGAUGUAAAACAUGAUGUAAAAAACUUGUGUAGAUCCUCCUCUAUGUCAGUCCAUGUGUAAUUUUUCCAUAAUUCUUUGUUUUUUGCAGCAUUUUUGUUAGUGUAACUGCAGAUUGUGCUGACAGUGUCUAUGGCACAAAAAAAAAAAAAAAUUAAAAUGCCUCAACAUGAACCCCUGGUGGUCUCUGAGGGUGAAACCUGCUAACUGCUGCAGCUCUGUCAGCUUCAGUCUCCCAUGCAGAGCUCUGAGCGCAUGUGUGGCUCUGCACCCUUACCCGCGUUGCUAACUCCUCAGUAAGGAAAGCCUGCUUCAUGUCAGAGUCUCUAAACUCCAGAAGAAGUCGAUAAAAGUCCCUUUCUUUCUAAAAAAAAGUCGUUAGGGUGUCUGAAAAGUCAUUGAAUCUAACAACAAAGUCGCUAGGUUUGCAACUACGUGUCCCAGACUGCAUCCCUGCUGAGAGUCCCUCCCUCCCUUCUCAUGUUGCAGGAAGAACGUAAGCGCCCGCCCCUUGUCAAUCAGUCACCAUAUAAUUUUGGAUUGGUUGUUGUGGUGAAGUUUUCCACCAAUAGGAGAGAUGUUGUGGUGUGUUUUUUUUUUCUUUUGGCAAGCCUUUUCCGCCUGUAAGACCUGUCGCUAAUGUCUGCAUGCUAUGUUUUCCUGUCUCAUACAGCGCGAUCGAGCGCCGAACGUGAUCAAAAUAAGCAGAAAAAAAGUAUCGCGGACAUAAUUUAUCAUAACUCUGGUUUUAUUUGGCCUAUCAACACAAUUUAAAAACUGGUAUAUAGGUUGAGGUCCUCACUUUUGAGAUAAGUUGAAACGGAGAGUCAACGAGGCUCCGUCUUGCAGCUACAUCCGGUUAAAUAUGUCAUGUGACUUGAACGCACACAUAGACACACACACACGCACACACACACACACACACACACACACACACUCAGAGUCUGGUUUUUAGCACCUGCAAAAACAUGCUAUUUACAUAUUUGACAAGAAUGCAGAGGCUCCUUUUGCCCCUGAAAAAAAUCUAAUUUCAAACACAACUUGACUGGUCAUUUCUCCAAAAGACAACCAUGAAGCUCCAUCCAAACCUGAAGCAGGCAGUUGGUGCAUGUGUACAGUAACCUGAGGGGAGUGAGGUGAGUGCUUCUGAGGAGAACAUGAGCAGUGAAGAUUCACCUUGGAGCUAGAACAGAGACAUGCACAUGAUUAUACAGGGGCAGGGGCUCAAGUUUUUUCCAGUCGUUUAUACAAUAUGGAAAUUAAUGUGAAAUUAAAACACAAAGUAUUAAUAGAAAGGUAAUGACUGUCCUGUGUAGGUGACAGUGAUAUCCAAUAGGCUAGGCACUCACGAGGCUGGCUGUGGCAAGUGUAAGUGAAAGCAACACGCACUGGCAGGAAGAACAGCAAACGCCGAUGAAGGAAAAGGGUCUUUGCAGUGAUGGGCGUUAACAGAGAGGGCGAUGGCCAGAGGACACAAAUGGGACGGGGAGGCAGCACGUUGGGGGGGGGGGGGGGGGGGGGGACGCGACACGGCUCGGGCCCGCCAGUGCCCCAACGGGGUCCUAGUUCUUUCUUUCUUUCUUCUUUUUCCUCCCCUUUGAACUGGAAAAUGGCCCACUUCCCACUGGCGAAAACUCAUGAAAUUUGGCAGGACGACCGGGCCUGGUGAAAAAUUCGAUAUUCUGAAGUCGCCCAAACAAUAAAAUGCAAAAUGGCUCCAUAGCGCCCCCUAAGGUGGAAAUUCACACUAUUGACUGUCACGCCUGUACGCUUUGUCAUAUUGACACAAAAAUUGACACACAUAUGUAUCUCAAUAAGAUCUACAAGAAAGUCAGUGCGGCCGUAUCUGUCAAAAUUACGGUUAAAGGGUUAUUUCGCAUUUUUUGCCGAUCCGCACACAUUGGAAUUUCGCUAACUCCUCCGAAGGCUUUCGUUCCACCGGCACCACAUUUGCUCAGGCCAAUCUACACCCCGUGGCCAUUAAAAGUUAUCAAAAUCAUGACGCUGCACCCCAAGGUUUAGGUUCUAGGGGGCGCCAAAGAUAACACUAAAAUCCACAUAUUUAAAAGUCUUAUAACUUUUUAUUUUUGUCCUCACUGGCCUCCAAGUUUUCUAGGAUGAUGCAAUGUCCAGCCAUCAACACAUUUGUGAAGGAAUUUUUACUCCCCAAAAGAGCGCCCCCCCAUGGCAGGAGAAAAAAGUCCAUUUUUUCUUGUCCCUUAAGGUGAAAAUACACAUUGUUGAGUGUCACGCCUAUACGCUUUGUCAAAAUGACACAAAAUUUGACAAUCACGUGCCUUGCCUGGUAUCAUUUUUUUCAGCACAACCUCACCUGUGCGAAUUUACAGUUAUUUUAUCAUGUUGACAUACUGAAUUUACACAAUGGACCCAAAUUCACACACAAAACAUAAAAUCCGAGUGGAAAAAAGUAACAUUUUUACUGUGAAAACCACAAAUAUGUGUGAUGAACUGUUUUUAAAACUUAAACUUCAAAUAAAAAUUGUAAACUUCAAAACAUAUGCAAAUUUUUAACAAAGAACAUAGUGAUUUACCUCUAUUUACAUCAAAAUGCAGGCAAUGGCCCAGGCGUUCUUUGUAAAAUUAUUUACAAAACACUGUAUAGUCUCACAAAUGUCACUUUUUAUUUAUGCCACUACAAAAAAACAUGAUGUAAAUGAUGCAUGAUGUAAAACAUGAUGUAAAAAACUUGUGUAGAUCCUCCUCUAUGUCAGUCCAUGUGUAAUUUUUCCAUAAUUCUUUGUUUUUUGCAGCAUUUUUGUUAGUGUAACUGCAGAUUGUGCUGACAGUGUCUAUGGCACACACAAAAAAAAAAAUUAAAAUGCCUCAACAUGAACCCCUGGUGGUCUCUGAGGGUGAAACCUGCUAACUGCUGCAGCUCUGUCAGCUUCAGUCUCCCAUGCAGAGCUCGGAGCGCAUGUGUGGCUCUGCACCCUUAGCAGCGUUGCUAACUCCUCAGUAAGGAAAGCCUGCUUCAUGUCAGAGUCUCUAAACUCCAGAAGAAGUCGAUAAAAGUCCCUUUGUUUCAAAAAAAAAGUCGUUAGGGGGUCUGAAAAGUCAUUGAAUCUAACAACAAAGUCGCUAGGUUUGCAACUACGUGUCCCAGACUGCAUCCUUGCUGAGAGUCCCUCCCUCCCUUCUCAUGUUGCAGGAAGAACGUAAGCGCCUGCCCCUUGUCAAUCAGUCACCAUAUAAUUUUGGAUUGGUUGUUGUGGUGAAGUUUUCCACCAAUAGGAGAGAUGUUGUGGUGUGUUUUUUUUUUCUUUUGGCAAGCCUUUUCCGCCUGUAAGAGCUGUCGCUAAUGUCUGCAUGCUAUGUUUUCCUGUCUCAUACAGCGCGAUCGAGCGCCGAACGUGAUCAAAAUAAGCAGAAAAAAAGUAUCGCGGACAUAAUUUAUCAUAACUCUGGUUUUAUUUGGCCUAUCAACACAAUUUAAAAACUGGUAUAUAGGUUGAGGUCCUCACUUUUGAGAUAAGUUGAAACGGAGAGUCAACGAGGCUCCGUCUUGCAGCUACAUCCGGUUAAAUAUGUCAUGUGACUUGAACGCACACACAGACACACACACACAUCAAAAUGCAGGCAAUGGCCCAGGCGUUCUUUGUAAAAUUAUUUACAAAACACUGUAUAGUCUCACAAAUGUCACUUUUUAUUUAUGUAAAAAACUUGUGUAGAUCCUCCUCUAUGUCAGUCCAUGUGUAAUUUUUCCAUAAUUCUUUGUUUUUUGCAGCAUUUUUGUUAGUGUAACUGCAGAUUGUGCUGACAGUGUCUAUGGCACAAAAAAAAAAAAAUUAAAAUGCCUCAACAUGAACCCCUGGUGGUCUCUGAGGGUGAAACCUGCUAACUGCUGCAGCUCUGUCAGCUUCAGUCUCCCAUGCAGAGCUCUGAGCGCAUGUGUGGCUCUGCACCCUUAGCAGCGAUGCUAACUCCUCAGUAAGGAAAGCCUGCUUCAUGUCAGAGUCUCUAAACUCCAGAAGAAGUCGAUAAAAGUCCCUUUCUUUCUAAAAAAAAAGUCGUUAGGGGGUCUGAAAAGUCAUUGAAUCUAACAACAAAGUCACAGAGACAUGCACAUGAUUAUACAGGGGCAGGGGCUCAAGUUUUUUCCAGUCGUUUAUACAAUAUGGAAAUUAAUGUGAAAUUAAAACACAAAGUAUUAAUAGAAAGGUAAUGACUGUCCUGUGUAGGUGACAGUGAUAUCCAAUAGGCUAGGCACUCACGAGGCUGGCUGUGGCAAGUGUAAGUGAAAGCAACACGCACUGGCAGGAAGAACAGCAAACGCCGAUGAAGGAAAAGGGUCUUUGCAGUGAUGGGCGUUACCAGAGAGGGCGAUGGCCAGAGGACACAAAUGGGACGGGAAGGCAGCACGUUGGGGGGGGGGGGGGGGGGGGGGGGGGGGGGCCGCGCGACACGGCUCGGGCCCGCCAGUGCCCCAACGGGGUCCUAGUUAGGGCCCGAGCGUAGCUGCUAAGCAGCUGCGAGAGCCCUCUUGUUCCUGUAGUUUCCUUCUUUAGGGCCCGAGCGUAGCUGCUAAGCAGCUGCGAGAGCCCUCUUGUUCCUGCAUGUUUCCUUCUUUCGUUAUUAUUUUUCCUCCGCUUUAAACUGGAAAAUGGCCCACUUCCCACUGGCGAAAACUCAGGAAAUUUGGCAGGACGACCGGGCCUGGUGAAAAAUUCGAUAUUCUGAAGUCGCCCAAACAAUAAAAUGCAAAAUGGCUCCAUAGCGCCCCCUAAGGUGAAAAUUCACAUGACGGCUGUACGCUUUGUCAUAUUGACACAAAAAUUGACACACACAUGUAUCUCAAUAAGAUCUACAAAAAAGUCAGUACGGGCGUAUCUGUCAAAUGUACGGUUAAUGGGUUAUUUUGCAUUUUUUGCAGAUCUGCACACAUUGGAAUUUCGCUAACUCCUCCGAAGGCUUUCGUUCGACCGGCACCACAUUUGCGCAGGCCAAUCUACCCCCCAUGGCCAUUAAAAGUUGUACAAAUCAUGACGCUGCACCCCACGGUUUACGUUCUAGGGGGCGCCAAAGAUAACCCAAAAUCCACAUUCUUAAAAGUCUUAUAACUUUUUAUUUUUGUCCUCACUGCCCUCCAAGUUUUCUAGGAUGAUGCAAUGUCCAGCCAUCAACACAUUUGUGAAGGAAUUUUUACUCCCCAAAAGAGCGCCCCCCCAUGGCAGGAGAAAAAAGUCAAUUUGUUCUUGUCCCCUUACAUGAAAAUACACAUUGUUGAGUGUCACGCCUGAACGCUUUGUCAUAUUGACACAAAAAUUGACAAUCAUGUGUAUCUCAAUUAGAUCUACGAAAAAGUCAAAAAGCGCGUAUCUGUAUAAUGUACGGUUAAAGGGCUAUUUCGCAUUUUUUGCCGAUUAGCACACAUUGGAAUGUGGCUAUCUCCUCCUAAGGCACACACACACACACACACACACACUCAGAGUCUGGUUUUUAGCACCUGCAAAAACAUGCUAUUUACAUAUUUGACAAGAAUGCAGAGGCUCCUUUUGCCCCUGAAAAAAAUCAAAUUUCAAACACAACUUGACUGGUCAUUUCUCCAAAAGACAACCAUGAAGCUCCAUCCAAACCUGAAGCAGGCAGUUGGUGCAUGUGUACAGUAACCUGAGGGGAGUGAGGUGAGUGCUUCUGAGGAGAACAUGAGCAGUGAAGAUUCACCUUGGAGCUAGAACAGAGACGUGCACAUGAUUAUACAGGGGCAGGGGCUCAAGUUUUUUCCAGUCGUUUAUACAAUAUGGAAAUUAAUGUGAAAUUAAAACACAAAGUAUUCAUAGAAAGGUAAUGACUGUCCUGUGUAGGUGACAGUGAUAUCCAAUAGGCUAGGCACUCACGAGGCUGGCUGUGGCAAGUGUAAGUGAAAGCAACACGCACUGGCAGGAAGAACAGCAAACGCCGAUGAAGGAAAAGGGUCUUUGCAGUGAUGGGCGUUACCAGAGAGGGCGAUGGCCAGAGGACACAAAUGGGACGGGGAGGCAGCACGUUGGGGGGGGGACGCGACACGGCUCGGGCCCGCCAGUGCCCCAACGGGGUCCUAGUUUGUUAUUAUUAUUAUUUUUCCUCCCCUUUGAACUGGAAAAUGGCCCACUUCCCACUGGCGAAAACUCAUGAAAUUUGGCAGGACGACCGGGCCUGGUGAAAAAUUUGAUAUUCCGAAGUCGCCCAAACAAGAAAAUGCAAAAUGGCUCCAUAGCGCCCCCUAAGGUGAAAAUUCACACUAUUCACUGUCACGCCUGUACGCUUUGUCAAAAUGACACAAAAAUUGACACACACAUGUAUCUCAAUAAGAUCUACAAAAAAGUCAGUGCGGGCGUAUCUGUCAAAUGUACGGUUAAAGGGUUAUUUCGCAUUUUUUGCCGAUCCGCACACAUUGGAAUUUCGCUAACUCCUCCGAAGGCUUUCGUUCCACCGGCACCACAUUUGCUCAGGCCAAUCUACACCCCAUGGCCAUUAAAAGUUAUUCAAAUCAUGACGCUGCACCCCACGGUUUAGGUUCUAGGGGGCGCCAAAGAUAACCCUAAGAUCCACAUAUUUAAAAGUCUUAUAACUUUUUAUUUUUGCCCUCACUGGCCUCCAAGUUUUCUAGGAUGAUGCAAUGUCCAGCCAUCAACACAUUUGUGAAGGAAUUUUUACUCCCCAAAAGAGCGCCCCCCCAUGGCAGGAGAAAAAAGUCCAUUUUUUCUUGUCCCCUAAGGUGAAAAUACACAUUGUUGAGUGUAACACCUGUACGCUUUGGCAAAAUGACACAAAAAUUGACACACACAUGUAUCUCAAUAAGAUCUACGAAAAAGUCAAUGCGCGCGUAUCUGUUAAAUGUACGGUUAAAGGGUUAUUCCGCAUUUUUUGCCGAUCCGCACACAUUGGAAUUUCGCUAACUCCUCCGAAGGCUUUCGUUCCACCGGCACCACAUUUGCUCAGGCCAAUCUACACCCCAUGGCCAUUAAAAGUUAUUCAAAUCAUGACGCUGCACCCCACGGUUUAGGUUCUAGGGGGCGCCAAAGAUAACCGUAAAAUCCACAUAUUUAAAAGUCUUAUAACUUUUUAUUUUUGUCCCCACUGGCCUCCAAGUUUUCUAGGAUGAUGCAAUGUCCAGCCAUCAACACAUUUGUGAAGGAAUUUUUACUCCCCAAAAGAGCGCCCCCCCAUGGCAGGAGAAAAAAGUCCAUUUUUUCUUGUCCACUAAGGUGAAAAUACACAUUGUUGAGUGCUACGCCUGUAUGUUUUGUCGUAUUGACACACAAUUUUACAUACACGUGUAUUUCAAUAAGAUCUUCGAAAAAGUCAAUGGCCACGUAUCUGUAAAAUGUACGGUUAAAGGGUUAUUUCGCAUUUUUUGCAGAUUCGCACACAUUGGAAUUUCGCUAACUCCUCCGAAGGCUUUCGUUCCACCGGCACCACAUUUGCUCAGGCCAAUCUACACCCCAUGGCCAUUAAAAGUUAUUCAAAUCAUGACGCUGCACCCCACGGUUUAGGUUCUAGGGGGCGCCAAAGAUAACCCUAAAAUCCACAUAUUUAAAAGUCUUAUAACUUUUUAUUUUUGUCCUCACUGGCCUCCAUGUUUUCUAGGAUGAUGCAAUGUCCAGCCAUCAACACAUUUGUGAAGGAGUUUUUUCUCGUUAAAAGAGCGCCCCCCCCAUGGCAGGAGAAUAAAGUCAAGUUUUUCCUGUUCAUCAUUCAAUGGCUCAAACGCACUGCUCUCUCGGCAAAAGCGAAAGGAGGAGCAACUUGCCAUUUCGAUAUAUCUUAGCUGUGUUUGUGCCCUCACUCAUGGUCCAGACUUUUUUCAAAUAGGACAUGGAGUUUUUCUGCAGCGAGCGCUUUGGUAGAAACUGCGCCUCCCGUUCAUUAUAAUGGUAAUUGACCACAAACAAGUGCGCACACCAUCUUUGGACCUUGAGUGUGACGCGAUCGGGUGGGGGAGGCGGUCGCGCUGGGGGCGGCGUGACACGGCUCGGGCCCGCCAGUGCCCCAACGGGGCCCUAGUUAUUAGGGCCCGAGCCAGCUGCAGAGCAGCCGGGCGUAGAGCCCUAUUAUUCCUGUAUAGGUUUUUCUUUCUUCUUUCUUUCUUUCUUUCUUUCUUCUUAUUUUUCCUCCCCUUUGAAGGGGAAAAUGGCCCACUUCCCACUGGCGAAAACUCAUGAAAUUUGGCAGGACGACCGGGCCUGGUGAAAAAUUCGAUAUUCUGAAGUCGCCCAAACAAUAAAAUGCAAAAUGGCUCCAAAGCGCCCCCUAAGGUGAAAAUUCACACUAUUGACUGUCACGCCUUUACGCUUUGUCAUAUUGACACAAAAAUUGACACACACAUGUAUCUCAAUAAGAUCUACGAAAAAGUCAGUGCGGGCGUAUCUGUCAAAUGUACGGUUAAAGGGUUAUUUCGCAUUUUUUGCCGAUCCGCACACAUUGGAAUUUCGCUAACUCCUCCGAAGGCUUUCGUUCCACCGGCACCACAUUUGCUCAGGCCAAUCUACACCCCAUGGCCAAUAAAAGUUGUACAAAUCAUGACGCUGCACCCCACGGUUUACGUUCUAGGGGGCGCCAAAGAUAACCCAAAAAUCCACAGUCUUAAAAGUCUUAUAACUUUUUAUUUUUGUCCUCACUGGCCUCCAAGUUCUCUAGGAUGAUGCAAUGUCCAGCCAUCAACACAUUUGUGAAGGAAUUUUUACUCGCCAAAAGAGCGCCCCCCCAUGGCAGUAGAAAAAAGUCAAUUUUUUCUUGUCUCCUAAGGCGAAAAUUCACACUAUUGACUGUCACGCCUUUACGCUUAGUCAUAUUGACACAAAAAUUGACAUACACAUGUAUCUCAAUAAGAUCUACAAAAAAGCCAGUGCGGGCGUAUCUGUCAAAUGUACGGUUAAAGGGUUAUUUCGCAUUUUUUGCCGAUCCGCACACAUUGGAAUUUCGCUAACUCCUCCGAGGGCUUUCGUUCCACCAGCACCACAUUUGCUCAGGCCAAUCUACACCCCAUGGCCAUUAAAAGUUGUACAAAUCAUGAUGCUGCACCCCACGGUUUACGUUCUAGGGGGCGCCAAAGAUAACCCAAAUAUCCACAGUCUUAAAAGUCUUAUAACUUUUUAUUUUUGUCCUCACUGGCCUCCAAGUUCUCUAGGAUGAUGCAAUGUCCAGCCAUCAACACAUUUGUGAAGGAAUUUUUACUCGCCAAAAGAGCGCCCCCCCAUGGCAGGAGAAAAAAGUCCAUUUUUUCUUGUCUCCUAAGGCGAAAAUACACAUUGUUGACUGUCACGCCUUUACGCUUUGUCAAAAUGACACAAAAUUUGACACACACAUGUAUCUCAAUAAGAUCUACGAAAAAGUCAAUGCGAGCGUAUCUGUUCAAUGUACGGUUAAAGGGCUAUUUCGCAUUUUUUGCCGAUUCGCACACAUUGGAAUGUGGCUAACUCCUCCUAAAGCUUUCGUUCCACUGACACCAAAUUUGCUCAGGUCAAUCUACACCCCAUGGCCAUUCAAAGUUGUACAAAUCAUGACGCUGCACCCCACGGUUUACGUUCUAGGGGGCGCCAAAGAUAACCCAAAAAUCCACAGUCUUAAAAGUCUUAUAACUUUUUAUUUUUGUCCUCACUGGCCUCCAAGUUUUCUAGGAUGAUGCGAUGUCCAGCCAUCAACACAUUUGUGAAGGAAUUUUUUCUCCCCAAAAGAGCGCCCCCCCCAUGGCAGGAGAAAAAGUCAAGUUUUUCCUGCCCAUCGCUCAAUGGCUCAAACGCAUCGCUCUCUCAGCAAAACCGAAAGGAGGAGCAACUUGCCAUUUGGAUAUAUACUAGCUGUGUUUGUGCCCUCACUCAUGGUCCAGACUUUUUUCAAAAAGGACAUGGAGUUUAUCUGCAGCGAGCGUUUUGGUAGAAACUGCGCCUCCCAUUCAUUAUAAUGGUAAAUGACCACAGACAAGUGCGCACACCAUCUUUGGACCUUGAGUGUGACGCGAUCGGGAGGGGUAGGCGGUCGCGCUGGGGGUGGCGCGACGCGGCUCGGGCCCGACAGUGCCCCACCGGGGCCCUAGUUAUUAUUAUUAUUUUUCCUCCGCUUUAAACUGGAAAAUGGCCCACUUCCCACUGGCGAAAACUCAGGAAAUUUGGCAGGACGACCGGGCCUGGUGAAAAAUUCGAUAUUCUGAAGUCGCCCAAACAAUAAAAUGCAAAAUGGCUCCAUAGCGCCCCCUAAGGUGAAAAUUCACACUAUUGACUGUCACGCCUGUAUGCUUUGUCAUAUUGACACAAAAAUUGACACACACAUGUAUCUCAAUAAGAUCUACAAAAAAGUCAGUGCGGGCGUAUCUGUCAAAUGUACGGUUAAAGGGUUAUUUUGCAUUUUUUGCAGAUCCGCACACAUUGGAAUUUCGCUAACUCCUCCGAAGGCUUUCGUUCCACCGGCACCACAUUUGCUCAGGCCAAUCUACACUCCAUGGCCAUUCAAAGUUGUACAAAUCAUAAUGCUGCACCCCAUGGUUUAGGUUCUAGGGGGCGCCAAAAAUAACCCAAAAAUCCACAUUCUUAAAAGUUUUAUAAUUUUUUUUUUUUGUCCUCACUGGCCUCCAAGUUUUCUAGGAUGAUGCAAUGUCCAGCCAUCAACACAUUUGUGAAGGAAUUUUUACUCCCCAAAAGAGCGCCCCCCCAUGGCAGGACAAAAAAGUCCAUUUUUUCUUGUCCCCUAAGGUGAAAAUACACAUUGUUGAGUGUCACGCCUGUACGCUUUGUCGUAUUGACAAAAAAUUUGACACACACGUGUAUCUCAAUAAGAUCUACGAAAAAGUCAAUGGGCGCGUAUCUGUAAAAUGUACGGCUAAAGGGCUAUUUUGCAUUUUUUGCCGAUUCGCACACAUUGGAAUGUGGCUAACUCCUCCUAAGGCUUUCGUCCCACUGACACCAAAUUUGCUCAGGCCAAUCUACACCCCAUGGCCAUUCAAAGUUGUAAAAAUCAUGCCGCUGCACCCCAUGGUUUACGUUCUAGGGGGCGCCAAAGAUGACCCAAAUAUCCACAUUCUUAAAAGUCGUUUUGGCCACUGCAGGAGUACAGAGUACUGCAGGAUACACACACACAGACACACACACACACAGACACACACACACACACACACACACACACACUCAGAGUCUGUUUUUUAGCACCUGCAAAAACAUGCUAUUUACAUAUUUGACAACAAUGCAGAGGCUUCCUUUUGCCCCUGAAAAAAAUCAAAUUUCUAACACAACUUGACUGCUCAUUUCUCCAAAAGACAACCAUGAAGCUCCAUCCAAACCUGAAGCAGGCAGUUGGUGCAUGUGUACAGUAACCUGAGGGGAGUGAGGUGACUGCUUCUGAGGAGAACAUGAGCAGUGAAGAUUCACCUUGGAGCGAGAACAGGGACGUGCACAUGAUUAUACAGGGGCAGGGGCUCAAGUUUUUUCCAGUCGUUUAUACAAUAUGGAAAUUAAUGUGAAAUUAAAAAACAAAGUAUUAAUAGAAAGGUAAUGACUGUCCUGUGUAGGUGACAGUGAUAUCCAAUAGGCUAGGCACUCACGAGGCUGGCUGUGGCAAGUGUAAGUGAAAGCAACACGCACUGGCAGGAAGAACAGCAAACGCCGAUGAAGGAAAAGGGUCUUUGCAGUGAUGGGCGUUACCAGAGAGGACGAUGGCCAGAGGACGCGAAUGGGACGGGGAGGCAGCGCGUUGGGGGGGGGGGGGGGGUGGCGACACAGCUCGGGCCCGCCAGUGCCCCAGCGGGGCCCUAGUUUAACAUUGUUCUUUUUCUUUGCCCUCUUCUCUCUCUCAGAGGCAGCAGAAGCUGAGGAAAGAGCGUCUGAUGAACGAUUUCUCUGCAGCUCUCAACAAUUUCCAGCUGGUUCAGAGGAGAGCAGCCGAGAAGGAGAAGGAAUCUGUGGUCCGAGCUCGAGCUGGGUCCAGAGUCUUGGUCAGAAACCAAUGGCAUUAUUUCAAAGCACUCUGAUAACUAAAAGUGGAUGAAAGUGUGACAUGAGCUUGAUCUAUUUGCUCCUGUCCUCAGGGAGAUGGAGGGCAUGCCAACGAGCAGCUGGUCACAUUUGAAAAGUAGGAUUUUUUUUCAAAAUGUACUUUAUUUGCACUUCAUAAUCCGCACACAUCCCCGUCUGUAACACCUGAAUGAAAUGUAAAUAAAGAGUGUGAUUGUGCAGGGAAGGAGAGUGGAGUCAGAGCCAGACUCAGACCGAGGAGCCUUCCAUCACAGAGGAGGACCUGGAGAACAUCAAGGAGAGAGAGACCAACAUCAGACAGCUGGAGGUAUCAGAGGAAGUCCCUCAUGCUGUAAAAAAUGCUGAGUCAUGUUUUCUGUUCAUGAGCUGACUCUUCUGUCCUCAGGCUGACAUCAUGGAUGUGAACCAGAUCUUCAAGGACCUGGCUGUGAUGAUCCACGACCAGGGGGAGACAAUCGGUCAGUUAUCAAGAAGUCAGAGUAACAGAUUGGUUCUUGCAGAUGUGAGUGUGCUCGUGAUGCUCUUCUUCUGUGUUUUUAUUUUCAGACAGCAUUGAGGCAAAUGUGGAGGGAGCAGAGUCCCAUGUGGACAGAGGAGCUGCCCAGCUGCAGAAGGCCUCCUACUACCAGGUCAGGCACCAAAUAAUAAAAUAAUCAAAGGAGGAACUAAAGGUUAAGAUGCACUUUCAUGAGUGAAUAGUUUUCGAACUGGUUUUUUGGGUUUAUCGAGACAUGCACAAAAAUGGGCCCUGUCAACAUCUAAGGCACAGAACCAGAAUAUAACUUUUACAUAAUGUGGUUUUAUCCCUUCUUAGCACACAUGUUGCUUUCUGUCUGCUUGCUGCUGCUGGGGUGAUAAAAAGAACAUCACCAUUGUACUUUUGAACAGAACAUUUUACUUAAGAAAUUUAGAAACAGAAUUGAAACAUUACCUGUUACAAGCUAAGCUGUCCUGAGAGCAGUCGAACUUCACUUACUGCUUUAAAAACAGCCACGCCCCUUUUUCAAUGGUAGUAGUUUAUUAAAAAUGGGAAUUGCAAGAUCUUCUGUAAUUUUAUAGCCUAAAAUAAGAAGACUUAACUCGAGCCAAUAAGAGAUGUCCAGCAAGGCAAAAAUAUAGCUAAUGAUUUUUAUGAUCAGUGAUCAGCAAUGUCUCAUUGAAAAAAACAAAAUCAAAGCUGCUGUGAGAAGUUUUUUGACUUCUAUAAAAUUGACUGAAAAUAAUACUGAUGCUUUUUUAUUGUAAACAAAAGCAAACAAGACCUUUAGAAUUAUGCUUGAAAGAAAAAAAAAAACAAGUACAUACAUUAGUCUAACUGAAAUCUUACUAAAUCAAACUUCUAGUCAGACUAACAUGCCUUGAUAUUGGCUUGAUGAAAACUCAACACCAUCAGUGAUGUGGUUUGUUGUGGUUUUUUUGCAGAGAAAGUCCCGCAAGAGGAUGUGCAUACUGGCCAUGGUGCUUUCACUGCUGCUUCUCAUCAUCAUCAUCAUCAUCUGGCAGGUCAUCAAAUGAAAAGAAGACCCACCCACUGACCACUUCUAACCUUUUUGUAUGUGUGUGUGUGUGUGAGUGUGUGAAGGAAAAAGAGCAAAACAUGUAUAUGUGCAUAUUUUACAGCUCUAUCAUGUCUGUUUAAUCAUGGUGCUCUUUUUUCUUGCCUCGCCGGCGGUAUGGCGUAGGCGCGGCGUAAGUUAGGUCCGCCGUGCCUACAAGCUGUGUCCAAGCACAUUUUGGUAUUUUGGUGAGCGGGGAAAGCCCAGCGUAAGUAUCCCCCCUCCCUAACUCAGCUCCUCCCAGCGGCGUAAGUUGUAGAGAGGGGUGGAGUGGGUUUAACACAGCCGAGACCUGUUUUCGCCAAUCACAUAAGCUCCUCACCUUUAAAUCUGCCACUGGCGAGGGGUAUUACAAUUUUCGUGAAGUAUCGUGAAGUAAAAUACCAAACUAGCUGUGCAUCUGGCUCCGACAGAUGAAAAUACCACUGCGUGGGGUCCACCACCCUCCGCUGCGCUGCCGGCGGGCAUGAAAAUAGAGCCCAUGGACUUUGAGAUGAAGACUUUCUGUCACAAAAAAACACAAGUUCUUCAAACAGGUUUCAUAUAAGUAGUAGUUACAUGAUGAAUAUAAAAAGCACAAUCUAACUUCACUGUAUGUGCAGGUGAUUUAACGUCUAAUUUACACUGUUGCCUGUUUUUCCCACUUUUCCAACCCUAGAGCUCACACCCUGCAGGUGAUGGUGAAGAUUAGGAUUAGACAGAUAAGAACAAAUCUUAAUCUUGCGGCCUAAUAAAAAAGGUUCCUCAGAGUAACUUUUAUCACUGCUAUAGGUCUGUGUCUUAUCACAAUCAGCAUCGCAUAAUUUUAUACGCAUUAAUUUGCAGUUUAAAUCCUGUGUGUUUAAUAAUGAGUGUGUGUUAAGUUUUAUUUUCCUCUCAAAUACAGCCCUGCCUGAUAACCACCUGCUGCUGUAAUGUCUCAUUAUGUCCACUAGGGGGAAGACUAUGCACAGUUAGAGUUAGGGGGCCUGAUAUUUCAUGGUUGAUAGAUAAACCUGUAGUUUUAACACUUUUUAUUACUGUAUUCACACUGAGAUUAUGGGGUGCAACAUAGACUUACCUUUACUUUAAUAUGGUAUGAUAAUACUAUAUUCAAUUGAGCCUAGUAUCAUCAGAUACUACAUCAGAUAUAAAACUAACUAAAAACAGAUUUAAAACAUGUGUUGCUCAAAAGCAGUGAAAACACUAUUUUAUGUCUUGAGCUGCAAAAACAAGUCAACAAAAGUGUGUGUUUAAAGUUUUAAUCACUCCACAAUCAAGAUAAUGUAAGCUUAUGUUUUCCCUUAAGCACUUUGCACAUUUUCCUAACUGAAGAAGGAAUCAAUUAAUCUUAUUUUACUUUUAAUAAAUUGUUGAAAUUGUUUUGAUAUAACAAUCCCUGUUAAAAUAGAUAUCAGAUAUGUCUCAACCUGAGUGGGAUUUUAAGUGCAAGAUAGCUCCAAUAUUACAGAAACAAAACAUCCUUUUGGUGCUGAUACUAUUCAACCCUCUUUUGGGCCUGGGGCUGUUUUCAGUUGUCACUGCAGGAGAGCCGUGAAUACACCCAAUCUAAGCCAUGGCAACCUGUGGUGCUGAAA